GACGCGUCGCCUCAGUGUGUGAGCUCUCUGACGCACUGUGAUAGUGGCAGGACCGCCGAAGGCUUCUGGUUCCCAACGAAAUAGAUUUAGCUGUACUGAAUAAAGAGAGCGAUUGCCAACAUUUUUGCGACUCAAUACGGUUUAUCUUUUGAUCUUUCACAAUUACUUCUCCAAGAUCAUCUGACUUUUCAUCGCUUGUUCCUCGGAUAGUGCAGAGGAAGCGACUUGUGGCGGCAGUGGUUGGCAUCGUCAUGGUGUUGGCCCUACUCAUAGCAAUACCGCUGCUUGUGCAAAGUUCCAAGACGUCGGCUCAUUAUGAGAUGAUGGGCACCUGUCGAAUGAUCUGCGAUCCGUACACUUCAAAACCGAGCGCUACGGCAAUGGAGGUGAUGCAGGACCUUAACGCCAUCCCUCCGCCGCCGUUGGCUCAAGGAACUAAAGGGGAACCGGGCAGGCCGGGAAAACCGGGACCCAGAGGCCCCCCGGGUGAACCAGGACCACCCGGUCCAAAAGGACCACCUGGUGACAGGGGUGAUUCCGGAAAGGCUGUUUAUCCGGCGGUAACGUCAGGGACCGCAAAGACCGAAACAGAUGAAGUUAACACUUCAGCCGAUGGCGCUAAGAUAGCAUUCUAUGUAGGUCUGAAGAAUCCCCAUGAAGGAUACGAGGUUCUCAAGUUUGACGAUGUUGUUACAAACUUGGGAAAUCAGUACGAUCCAUCUACCGGAAAGUUUACCUGUCUAGUGUCCGGAAUCUAUUUUUUCACUUAUCAUGUGCUAAUGAGGGGCGGAGAUGGAACCAGCAUGUGGGCUGACUUGUGCAAAAACGGACAGGUUCGGGCAAGUGCAAUCGCUCAGGAUGCGGAUCAAAACUAUGAUUAUGCGAGCAACAGCGUCGUCCUACACCUCGAGUCUGGGGACGAGAUUUACAUUAAACUGGACGGAGGCAAGGCUCACGGAGGCAAUAACAACAAGUACAGCACCUUCUCUGGUUUCAUGUUGUAUCCUGACUAAAGUUCCCCUCGGGUAUAAAGACUGUUUCCUUUCCCUUUUCUUUGAGGUACAGUGCGCAGUAAAGUUCGUUGUUGGUGUUUUAUUUAAGUUUAUUCUCUGUUGGGAAAGUUCAUAAAAUCAUCAGGCUCUUUACUUAUGGGUAAAGAGAUUUACAAAGUAAAUUAGGGUGAUUCGUUUGAAUGUGAUAACCUUGAACAGAAUACAUUGUGUUCAGAAGUAGCACUUACAGUAUGUGUAUCUAAAAAGCAACAGCACAGAGAUGAACGCAAACUUUCAGGGCCAUGGGUCUUGUGCUUCAGCUUUCAUCACUGUGUAAAGGCUUUCAUUGUAUCGGAUUUUGUCCUGGUGU